AUGAAGAGGGUGAAAGGAAAUAAGGAAUAUGCCUGCAGCUCUUCCAGCGGGGGCCCAACAGCGUCCUGGAAGAAGAUGCGGCAGCUACAGCCAAGGGAAGAGAAGCACCAAGAGAAGGAAGAAGAAGAGACUGAUGUAGAACCCAUCGAGUUUGGCUUUGACUGGGCACUGCUCCCACAUGAGAUCUUGCUCAACAUCUUCCAAUUCCUGCCUUUUCUGGACCGGGCGUACGCCUCGCAGGUGUGCCGCGGCUUUAACCAAGCCUUCCACAUGCCCGAGCUGUGGAGGUGCUUUGAGUUUGAGCUGAAUCAGCCUGCCAGUUCUUACCUGAAAGCGACACACCCAGACCUAAUCAAGCAGAUCAUCAAGAGGCAUUCGAAUCACCUGCAGUAUGUCAGUUUCAAGGUGAGUGGGAAAGACAAGAUUAGUGUGGUGGGUAGUGAUGGUGUCUAUAGGUUGAUGGUGCUAUAUAUAUUUUUUUAGGCUAUGUGGUGUAGCUUUUCCAGUAUCCCAUUCACCUGGAAAGGAGAGCCAUCAUCCUACCCAGCAUUGAAUGCUAUCUAUAUUGUUUGUGUUUGAUCUCUAGGUGGACAGCAGCACGGAGUCUGCCGAGGCGGCCUGUGAUAUUCUCUCCCAGCUGGUGAACUGUUCAUUAAAGACCCUAGGGCUAAUCUCCACGGCCAGGCCCAGCUUCAUGGAGUUGCCCAAGGUAGAUUACAAAGCCUGUUGGAAUCAGCUAUAGAUAGGCCUUAUAUUUACAGUGUUCAGGAAACUGUCCUCCAUGUUGGCACCAAAUGUUCCAUGACAAUGGCAUUCUAAUGUGUAAUCUCGAAUGUGAAUACCAUUUUAUAACUAGGAUUUGAUUAUCUGUCAGCUUUUGGCGCCUGUUAAAAGGUCAAAAUUCCAGUUGACACUUUUUAUUUUUUACACAGUGGAGUUCAACCGGUACACUUUCUCCAUUAAUUCAUUUUGUUAAACAGUCCAUAGCUGACCUGAUCACUGUGUUGAUUCUCCCAGAAUGUAUGCCCUAUACCCUACACCUGCUGGAUGUCAUAAGUAACCCAAGAUGGCGUAGCAGUGCGGUCGUGUUUUUCUGUAGUGUCCUUGUGUAAAUAGACCGUUUUUUUGUCUAUUUUGUAUAUAUUUCUCAAUUUUACUUUUCAUUCUUUAACUAAAUAUACUUUCCUGCAACCCGCCUCACCCAACGUGGAAAGGAUUCUAUUAUUAUUCUAAGAACCUUAAGCUGAAACUAGUCUAGCUGCAGCCGAAUGGCUGUGGUAGCUAGCUAGCUACUUGCUAUUAGCCACCGUUAGCGUCUUCACCAUCGUCCGUGGCCUGCACUACCCACCAGCCAGUUCUAGCUCUAGCCUGGACAAUUUGUCUGCCAGUCUGCACAGCGUGCUAUCGACCCAGAGCAUAUCGGAUUUUCUGCAGGUAUCACUGGACCUAGCGCCGGAUCAUCGCAACCAGCUAGCUGCAACCAAAUGGCUGUUGUCGUUGGCUAAUUACCAUUGCCCUUAGCAAGCACCAGUUAGCCUUGAGCUAGCCUCGAGCCAGGCCCAUCUCCCAGCUAUCUACCUCUCUGUCAACCGGACGGGACCUCCUAGUGUUGACACGGAGCCCCGCCGAUCCAACACGACUGGUUUGCCGACAAAAUCAUCUGAUGUGGUUUCAACAGGCUUCCCGUUACGACGUCGACCUCGAAGAUCCAUCUGCUAGCCCCGGCACGCUAGCACACGCAAGCCAGGCCUAUUGCUCGCCAGUGCUGUAGCAGCCCCCGAUCUACCUCCGAACUCUCCUAUUGCUGUUCACCGGACCUUAUGAUAACUCAGCUAUACAGCUGAUGCCUGCUGGACUGUUCCUUUAUACGGUACCGCAUCCUGUUUAUGUUUAGCCUCAGCCCAAACUUUGUCGCCAUUACCAGCUGUUGUCUUAGCUCUCUCGAAUAACACCUGUGAUUGCUUUAUGACUCUCUCCCAUGUCAAUAUGCCUUGCUGAUUGCUGUUUCGGUUAUUUCUUAUUGUACUAUUUCACUGUAGAGCCCCCAGCCCAGCUCAACCUGCCUUAGACAGCUCCUUUGUCCCGCCCCCCAUACACGCGGAGACCGACUCAAUCGGUGCCUCCAGUGAUGCUAUCUCUUUCAUCGUUACCUAAUGCUUAGUUUACCUCCACUGUACUCAUAUCCUUCCAUAUCCUUGUCUAUACAUAAUGCCCUGAAUCUAUUCUACAAUGCCCGGAAAUCUGCCCCUUUUUUUCUCUGUACCCAACGCACUAGAAGACCAGUUCUUAAAGCCUUCAGCCGUAUCCUUAUUCUACUCCUCCUCUGUUCCUCUGGUGAUGUAGAGGUUAACCCAGGCCCUGUAGCCCCCAGUAUCACUCCUACUCCCCAGGCGUUAUCAUUUGUUGACUUCUGUAACCGUAAAAGCCUUGGUUUCUUGCACGUUAACAUCAGAAGCCUCCUCCCUAAGUUUGAGUUAUUCACUGCGUUAGCACACUCCGCCAACCCUGAUUUUCUAGCAGUGUCUGAAUCCUGGCUUAGGAAGGCCACCAAAAAUUCAGAAAUGUCCAUCCCCAACUACAACAUUUUCCAUCUCGAUAGAACUGCCAAAGGGGGUGGAGUUGCAAUCUACUGUAGAGAUAGCCUGCAGAGCUCUAUCAUACUAUCCAGGUCUGUGCCCAAACAGUUUGAGCUUCUACUUCUAAAAAUCCACCUUUCCAGAAAUAAGUCUCUCACUGUUGCCGCUUGCUACAGACCCCCCUCAGCCCUGAGCUGUGCCCUGGACACCAUAUGUGAACUGAUUGCCCCCCAUCUAUCCUCAGAGUUCGUACUGCUUGGUGACCUAAACUGGGAUAUGCUUAACACCCCGGCCAACCUACAAUCUAAACUAGAUGCCCUCAAUCUCACACAAAUUAUCAACGAACCUACCAGGUACAACCCAAAAUCUGUAAACAUGGGCACCCUCAUAGAUAUCGUCCUGACAAAUGUACCCUCUAAAUACACCUCUGCUUUCUAAUAGACCUGGCCCGGGUAUCCUGGAUGGAUAUUGACCUCAUUCCGUCAGUAGAGGAUGCCUGGUUGUUCUUUAAAAGUGCUUUCCUCUCAAUCUUAAAUAAGCAUGCCCCAUUCAAAAAAUUCAGAACUAAGAACAGAUAUAGCCCCAGGUUCUCCUCAGACUUGACUGCCCUUGACCAGCACAAAAACAUCCUGUGGCGUACUGCAUUAGCAUCAAACAGCCCCCGCGAUAUGCAACUUUUCAGGGAAGUCAGGAACCAAUAUACACAAUCAGUUAGGAAAGCAAAGGCUAGCUUUUUCAAACAGAAAUUUGCAUCCUGUAGCACUAACUCCAAAAGGUUUUGGGACACUGUAAAGUCCAUGGAGAAUAAGAGCACCUCCUCCCAACUGCCCACUGCACUGAGGCUAGGAAACACUGUCACCACCGAUAAAUCUACAAUAAUCGAGAAUUUCAACAAGCAUUUUGCUACGGCUGGCCAUGCUUUCCACCUGGCUAUCACUACCCCGGCCACCAGCUCUGCACCCUCCGCUGCAACUUGCCCAUGCCCCCCCCCACUUCUCUUUUACACAAAUUCAGACAGCUGAUGUUCUGAAAGAGCUGAAAAAUCUGGACCCCUACAAGUCAGCUGGGCUAGACAAUCUGGUCCCUUUAUUUCUAAAAUUAGCCGCCGAAAUUGUCGCAACCCCUAUUACUAGCCAGUUCAACCUCUCUUUCGUAACGUCUGAGAUCCCCAGAGAUUGGAAAGCUGCCGCGGUCAUCCCCCUCUUCAAAGGGGGUGACACUCUCGAUCCAAACUGUUACAGACCUAUAUCCAUCCUGCCCUGCCUUUCAAACGUUUUUGAAAGCCAAGUUAACAAACAGAUCACCGACCAUUUCGAAUCCCACCGUACCUUCUCCGCUAUGCAAUCCGGUUUCCGAGCUGGUCAUGGGUGCACCUCAGCCACGCUCAAGGUCCUAAACGAUAUUAUAACCGCGAUCGAUAAAAGAAAGUACUGCGCAGCCGUCUUCAUCGACCUGGCCAAGGCUUUCGACUCUGUCAACCACCGCAUUCUUAUUGGCAGACUAAAUAGCCUUGGUUUCUCAAAUGACUGCCUCGCCUGGUUCACCAACUACUUCUCAGAUAGAGUUCGAUGUGUCAAAUCGGAGGGCCUGUUGUCUGGACCUCUGGCAGUCUCUAUGGGGGUGCCACAGGGUUCAAUUCUCGGGCCGACUCUAUUCUCUGUGUAUAUCAAUGAUGUCGUGCUUGCUGCUGGUGACGCUUGGAUACCAUUUUGUAUACAUCUGGCCCUUCAUUGGACACUGUGUUAACAAACCUCCAAACGAGCUUCAACGCCAUACAACACUCCUUCCGUAGCCUCCAACUGCUCUUAAACACUAGUAAAACUAAAUGCAUGCUCUUCAACCGAACGCUGCUUGCACCCGCCCACCAGACUAGAAUCACUACUCUCGGCUGGUCUGACCUAGAGUAUGUGGACAACUACAAAUACCUAGGUGUCUGGUUAGACUGUAAACUCUCCUUCCAGACUCACAUUAAGCAUCUCCAAUCAAAAGUUAGAUCUAGAAUCGGCUUCCUAUUUCGCAACAAAGCCUCCAUCCCCAUAUUGUUAUUUAUUUUGCUAAUUUGCACCCCAGUAUCUCUAUUUGCACAUCAUCUUUUGCACAUCUAUCAUUCCAGUGUUAAUACGAAAUUGUAACUAUUUUGCACUAUGGCCUAUUUAUUGCCUUACCUCCAUAAUUUACUACAUUCGCACACACUGUAUAUAGAUUUUCUGUUGUAUUUUUGACUUUAUGUUUUGUUUACCCCAUAUGUAACUCUGUGUUGUUGUUUUUAUCGCACUGCUUUGCUUUAUCUUGGCCAGGUCGCAGUUGUAAAUGAGAACUUGUUCUCAACUGGCUUACCUGGUUAAAUAAAGGUGAAAUUAAAAAAAACACUACCUGCAGUCAUCAAUUUUAUUAACCUAUUCACUGAUUGGUCAUAAAUGUUUUCCUCCUUUAGUCUCAUUUCAUCUCGGCCCUGACGGUGGUGUUUGUCAACUCCAAGUCCCUGUCGUCUCUGAAGAUCGACGACACACCGGUGGACGACCCGUCCCUGAAGGUCCUGGUGGCCAACAACAGCGACACGCUGAAGCUGUUGAAGAUGAGCAGCUGCCCUCAUGUCUCCCCUGCAGGUAGGGUGCUUGUCUGAGUUGAUGGUCAUUGAAUGGUCCCUAGAAUGGAUUACUUUUAUAUACAGUCGAUUCCUGAUUAGUGGACAUCAAAUACACUGAGUGUACAAAACAUUAAGGACUCCUGCUCUUUCCAUGACAUAGACUGAACAGGUGAAUCCAGGUGAAAGCUAUUAUCCUUUAUUGAUGUCACUUGUUAAAUCUACUUCAAUCUGUGUAGAUGAAGGGGAGGAGACAGGUUAAAUAAGGAUUUUGAACAUGGAUUGUACAUGUGUGCCAUUCAGAGGGUCUAUGGGCAAGACAAAAGAUUUAAGUGCCUUGGAACAGGGUAUGGUAGUUUGUGCUAGGCGCACCGGUUUGUGUCAAGAACUGCAACGCUGCUGGGUUUUUCACGCUCAACAGUUUCCGGUGUGUUUCAAGAAUGGUCCACCACCCUAAGGACAUCCAGACAACUUGACACAACUGUGGGAAGCAUGGGCCAGCAUCCCUGUGGAACGCUUUCUACACUUUUUCCCGACAAAUUGAGGCUGUUCUGAAAGCAAAAGGGGGGGUGCAACUCAAUAUUAGGAAAGUGUUCUUAAUGUUUAGUACACUCAGUGUAAGUUCACCAGUACCAGUUCAAAUAGCCUACUUUGUUUUAACUUACUCUGGAUGUCUGCAUGCUCCUGUUUUGCAUUUAGAAAUCUACUUUAUGUUGGCUAGUGCUUUAAACUGGUUCAGGUCAUGUGUACUACUUGUUUUGACACAUUUAAAUCCUUAUUCUUGUGACUCACAUUUGAUUGAACCUUUAUUAUAGGGAGUCAUGCUUAGACCAAGGUCUCUUUUACAGAUGAGCCCUGUAAUUACAAAAAUAUACACAUCAAAUAGAAAUGCAAAACAGAAAUACAAAACACGACCAUGGAAAACAAACAUUCAUUAGUAAUAAGGUCACAAAGUGCUGUAUAAGCACUUUGUGACAACUGCUGUAAAAAGGGCUUUAUAAAAUACAUUUGACUGAAUUUGAUAAGGAGGCUUCUGAAUUCAGUUGUCAAUUAUUCUCCUUUUAAAGUAGGUGACGUCAGAGGUCACCAUGUGGGAGAAGUGGGUGCUCAGGAUGAUAGACGAGUUUCCCACUAGUAAUUACCAGUUGGAAGGCCGUAUAAACACUUAAAAUAAGGGCUGUGCUUUGUGUAGGAUUACCCUGGCAUGACGUUUUGAUAGCCAUGUAAAUCUCUCUCGGACAAGGUGACUUUUAUCAAUAUAUUUGGCUCUAUUUUACUCUCAGAUUCGAAAAUGAUAAUUAGCAUCAAAGUAGAGAUCAUGCAAGACUACAAAUCCCUGCAAGCUCCUGCACGUCAUCUCUAGCUGACACCGUCAUCUCUAGCUGACACCCACCGGGGCAGCAGGUAGCUUAGUGGGUAAGAGCGUUGUGCCAGUAACCGAAAGGUCGCUAGUUCUAAUCCCCGAGCUGACUAGGUGAAAAAUCUGUCGAUGUGCCCUUAAGCAAGGCACUUAACCCUAAUUGCUCAUGUAAGUCGCUCUGGAUAAGAGCGUCUGCUAAAUAAUGUAAUUUAAUUUUUUUAAUUUAACCUUUGCUAACAGGUAUUGUAUCAAUUUAAAACUUUCACAAGGCAGUUCAAAGAAUUGUACAUUUAAAGAAAUGUUUCCCAUUUAUUACUAAAUUUAGCUAACAUUAGAUGAUUAAUCCAGAGAUUCUUACCUUUGCCUCGAUUCGGCAGUCUCGUCCAGAUCAUCAUGGCAUUUGUAGUUCUUUAUGAUAGCCACAUUAGCAACAAAUUAGCGUCUCAUAUAUUGAUAAAAGUCACCUUGUCCUAGAGAGAUUUAGACGGUUAUCAAAACGUCACACCAGGGUAAGCCUACACGAAACACAGCCCUUAUUUUAAGUGUUUCUAAAAAAAAUCUCCUAUAGGGAAAAAUUGUGGAAAAAACGAUUUGCAACCAUUUCCUUGUUUGACCCCUAGGUUUUAUGGGUAUUAUGACUCGUACUGUGGUACUCUGUUCAUUGAAAACUUUUGCUUUGUCUUGCUUAUGUAGAGCAGGUACUACCUGUUUGCUGAAAUGGAUGCAACGUGUCUCGAGCACUUUCACGAGGUGCUGUUGAAACCCCCUAUUCUCAACCAGCGAGAAUGGGCGCAUAUCUGCAGAUAUAAACCAAAGACUGUAAAUAAUGUAAACACAGCCUACCUAUUGCUCUUGUAAUUUCUUUGGCCUGGUCAGAAGCAGCUACCAAGGGCUGCUUGAAUGCAGAUGGGUGACAAUGUUGUGUUUCUUUGCGUUUCCGUCUUGGCAGCUGCAUAGGCUAUUCUCAUUGAGCGUGGCGACAUACUGUUAAUAUUUUAUCCACAACUCUGUCCAUCACCGUUGUAAUCUACUGGUAAGUCAAAAAUGUUCCCAAACUGGAGAUUUAAACGAUGGAGGAUCCUCCAAUUCUGGCAUAUCGACCCCCACCACUCGCCAUCGUAAAGAACUAGUUCCCGGCUGCGCCUCACAAAAGCACAGUUUAUAAUGCGCCAAUUAAGAUUAGAAUUUUGAUUAACAUGCGCAUAGGCUCUAGUUGUUUUAACGGAAUGGCCUGAAAAAAAAUGUCCAGCUCCAAUUUACUUAAGAGUCAUAGGCCUGCCACAACGCAGCGAAGGCAUAGCCUAAAGGCCUAGAGUUUUUAUUUUGUAAAUCUUUUUUUUGUAUUCAUUCGGGUUCACAGUGCAGACCGAACCGAGUAAUACGUGUACCGUUACACCCCUACUGGUCUGUGUUUCUCUGGUAAGCCUACUAUUUAUGGAUAGCUUUUGUCUGAGCUCUUAUUCCCCUCAAUGGUAGAAAUGGAUGUGAAAAAUUGUCAAGCUUUUAUGGCAACACUUAGUCUAAUAUCUAGGUUGUGGGGCAGUGCCUAUACCCAGGGCUCUUCAACACCGGUCCUGGAGGGCCGAAACACAUGGUAGUUAAUUGCACUCACCUGAUGUCCCAGGUCUGAAUCAGUGUUUCGGCCUUCCAGGACCGGAGUUGAAAAGUCCUGGCUUGUAGUAUACUGCAUCUGCCCGUAAAGCGCUUUGAUUGUUUCAAAGUUUAAGUGGGCUACCUACAUACACUACCGUUCAAAAGUUUGGGGUCCCUUAGAAAUGUCCUUGUUUUCUUUCUUCUUUGCAACUCUGCCUAGAAGGUCAGCAUCCCAGAGUAGCCUUCAUUUCUCAGAACAAGAAUAGACUGACGAGUUUCAGAAGAGUUCUUUGUUUCUGAGCCUGUAAUCGAACCUACCAUUGCUGAUGCUCCAGAUACUCAACUUGUCUCAAGAAGGCCAGUUUUAUUGCACCUUUAAUCAGCACAACAGUUUUCAGCUGUGCUAACAUAAUAGCGAAAGUGUUUUCUAAUGAUCAAUUAGCCUUUUUAAAAUUAUAAACUUGGAUUAGCAAACACAACGUGCCAUUGGAACACAAGACUGAUGGUUGCUGAUAAUGGGCCUCUGUAUGCCUAUGUAGAUAUUCCAUUUAAAAAUCAGCCGUUUCCAGCUACAAUAGCCAUUUACAAGAUUAACAAUGUCUACACUGUAUUUCUGAUCAAUUUGAUGUCAUUUUAAUGGACAAAAAUAUUGCUUUUCUUUCGAAAACAAGGACAUUUCUAAGUGACCCCAUACUUUUGAACGGUAGUGUAUGUGUUGUUUAAACCGAAAACCUUGGGCACAAAACUGAAAGUUCUCAAUAAACCAUUAAUAACAAUGGUUAAAACUAAAUUAAUUCAAACUAAAUAGGCACUGUGUUAUAAUUGGAGUAAUAAAAUACCUAUGUUUCUAAACCAAACCUUGCUUUGUGUGCAGGUAUCCUGUGUGUGGCGGACCAGUGCCACGGCCUGAGGGAGCUGGCGCUAAACUACCAACUGCUGAGCGACGAGCUCUUAUUAGCCCUCUCCUCUGAGAAACACGUGCACUUGGAGCAUCUCCGCAUCGACGUGGUCAGCGAGAAUCCCGGGCAGAAUUUCCACACCAUCAAGAAGUCCAGCUGGGAUGCUAUGGUGCGCCACUCGCCCAUGUUCAACCUGGUCAUGUACUUCUUCCUCUACGAGGAUGAGUUUGGCCCUUUCUUCAAGGAGGAGGUCCCCGUCACCCACCUCUACUUUGGCCGCUCUGUCAGUAAGGACGUGCUGGGCCGUGUGGGGCUCCACUGCCCUCGGCUAGUGGAGUUGGUGGUGUGUGCCAAUGGGCUGCGGCCGCUGGAUGAGGAGCUGAUCCGCAUCGCCAAGCGCUGCACCCAGCUGUCGGCCAUCGGCCUUGGGGAGUGUGAGGUGUCGUGCAGCGCAUUCGUGGAAUUUGUGAAGAUGUGCGGUCGGAGGUUGUCCCAGCUGUCCAUCAUGGAAGAGGUGCUGAUUCCCGACCAUAAGUACAACCUUGACGAAAUCCACUGGGAGGUGUCCAAGCACCUGGGCCGUGUCUGGUUCCCUGACAUGAUGCCCACCUGGUAGAGCCGUUCACAGG